CUUACCAGUUGCUCUUCAACUACAACAUAAGGAACCGGCAAAAUGUAUGAAGAUGCGUGGUACAGUUUUGUACCGGAAACACAUUCCAAAAGGGAAAAUGUCGUCCCGCAGGUACCACAGCAUCGUCGCAGAGAAUCUCUGUUGCAGCAAACUAACGUAAGUCUCUCUUUUACUCUUAGAGGCAUCGUGUUAAUAAGUUUAUACAGGGUAACAACCAGAUGUUGGACCAGAACUCUCCAUUGCUGGGGAUAUAUGAGGAUGAACCUUCAUCUAAAGACCCUCCAAAAGCUACAUUGGCAAGGAGAGCAAAAUCAUAUAGCGAUUUCUACGAAGUAGCUAUGGCAUUUAUUAACAAGGAAGCGGACGAUGGCAAGACACAAAGUGAACGCGAUUUCGAAGCAGGGGGACCUAAGAUUCCUCUUUUUGAGGAGCGUUACAGCGCUCUCGAGGAAGAUCUUGUGGAUGGAAGCCUGGAGGAAUAUCAGUAUGUAGAUGCAAGCAAUAAGAACCAAUUCAAUACGCUGACCUAUGUGAAGGUUAUAUCUAGAUCAAUUAAUCCUAUCCGAGCGUCACCUUAACAACCUUUUAAGUGAUACCUCAAGUGCGCUUGAUACACUAGCCACCCUGUCCGAAUCAUUCAAGAAUGUCGAAGCGCAAACCACAGCCUUUCAAGCACAAUGUGAAGAUCUUUUGGAAGAACAAAAACGUAUACGUGAAUUGGCGGAUGAAAUCGGGACGGAUUUGCAAUAUUAUGCCUAUCUUGAACCUCUGACUCGUCGCUUGAAUGCCCCUGGUGCUGGAAGGCUUGUCAAAAAUGGUGACUUUUUGGAAAUGUUGGAGAAUCUCAAUUCUUGUAUCGAGUUCAUGGACCAGCAUGUAGGUUUUGUCUUUCAUAUGUUCAUAGGUCAGGAGCCUGCGUACCUGGGAGUGACUUCGUCGAGGUCUGUUAGACACUGCCUGUACAUGCUACUGUUGUUUAUUUGUUCGUCAAAUUCUUUCACGUGUUAUCUUAUUGGGUCGCGUUUUGAGUACCUUCUAUAUCAAUGAGCACGUAACGUCAUAUAGGCGCUCAGCAACAUUUAGAUAAGCCUUUAAGUCUAUGUGACUAACUUUUUACAGCCAAACUAUAAAGACUCGACUGUGUAUAAGACUCGCUACACGACACUUUUAGACAAAGCCCUCAAUCUCGUCCAGGUUGCCUUCUCAAAUGCUCUUCGUGAGGUUUCAGACGAUGCCUCGAAACAGCUAAAAGCGAAAGAACAAACAGAGACAAAUCAAUACAUUCUUCUUUAUGGCAAGUACGAAUCUGCCAAGGAGAGCCUAGGCCUUCCCAUUGAACGGCUUUUGGCCACUGAGGAAUUUGCGUUUGGGAGAAGGGGAGAUGUGGACCGGACACCGUACAUCCAACAAUGGCAUAACCUCUAUCAGCAAUUACUUGAGGCGUAUAUAAGAUCUCGUGAUCCCGUUGGACCUCUUGUUCUUAAAAAUCUUCAAAAGUUCGCAACUACUUCACCUCUCCCUGACAAGGAGUUUGAAUUGUUUGCUAGACGAUGUGUGCAAUAUAUAUUCGAUACAUGCCAGAAUGAGUUGAAAUUGGCAGCUAAGUUCUUUCAGGACGGGCCUCUUAUGGCGGAUUACCCUCCGCCUCCCAAUUCGUGGAACAUGCCUAGUGUAUACCUCGAGAAGUUGGAGGAAAGCUGCUUAUCUUAUGUUAAGACGCUCAAUGGAUUCCUAGCCCCAUAUUUGAGCAAUGGUGAUUUGCAUCGAGUUUGCGAUUUGGUUACCUGGCUUGGUGACACUUUUAUCUCGGCGGAGGCACAUGAAGACGAGAGCCGCGAUGGACAAAGAUUGGCUGCACAAGUUUUGUUGAGCGUUCAUCUAUGGCCAUUAGCUGACCAGCUUUUUAUCAUGGAAGCAAGAAAACUCGAGCUCUUCAAAUCAUCGCCAGAGGACCUCAAGAUUAUCUCUUCAAAUGCUCCAAAGUUAUCCAAUGAGAAAGUCAUUCCAACUAGUGGCUUACGAAUUGAUACAACUCUUAACGCUCCCGAGGAAGGCACAUCUGUCGAGGCUGGGGUUUCAAACGCGUUUCCAACGGUCAAGACGGCCGUUAGUUUGCUCGUCUUAUAUAACGAAAGUAUGCAUGAGAGAACAGUAGGUCGCCUAACAUGUAGAUCCAACCCUGAGCACUCUGACAUUUAUUACAGCUUAAGAAAGGCGAUGUUCUUUACGAGAUCGUACAUCAAACUACCGAAUCUCUCCAGAGAGCCGCCACGGUCAUAAAGCGAACUUCAAAUAGCAUCAUGGAUGCACAACUUUUCCUCAUCAAGAAUCUUAUGCUCAUCGAGAAUCUGUUCAUGACUCACGAGAUCCCUGACUCCAUUCGUCAAUCUGCCGAACUUGACUUCACUCCUCUAUGGGAAACACUCAAGGAACUCCAAUCACGCCACCAAGUGUUUAAUCCUCUUGCAUAUAUUAGACCAAUUAUCAAAGGGCAAUUGCUUCCUGCCGUGGUUGAUAAAGUAUUGGAUGCAAGAAAGGAAUUAGAGAAGGUUUUAGUGCAACAAAUUACGGCAUUUACCAAGCACUGGCAAUCGAGGUUAUCAGAGAAGGAUCCAAAGAAGAGAGAUCAGGUAGCAAAGGUUACACAAGAACUGGACGUUUUGUUAGAGAGUGUCUUUGAUGAAGAGACUACAAGAGCGGCAUUGUUGAGGAUGAUUAAAGGUGGUGAAGACUACUAGAGUGUGGAAAUGUAUAUGUACUGCCAUCCUUGAUAUCUAGCAUGAAGCCGUCAAUCAAUGCCAUCUUGAACAUCAUUAUCU